GUAAAAUUGUAUUUUCAUUUGAACCCAGGGUGCAAUCUACAAAAAGUUUACUAGGGUUUUCUUUGCUUCUCUCGCAUCCCCUUCUGAAGUGAUCGGCGGCGGCGGCGGCGGAGCAGCUUUCUUCUUCCUCGGGCAGGGCAGGGGGAGGUCUCGUUGCGAUGGCGGGAAGGGGCGAGAUGCCGAUGAGGCCUGUGCGGCCAGGGCCGCCGAUGCAGUACCGGGGGCCUCCUCCCAUGGCUCGCGCGCGCGUCGAACCCGUCGAUCGCGAGAAGACGUGCCCUCUCCUGCUCCGGGUUUUCACAAAGGUUGGUGGCCAUCACCAAAAUGAAGAGUUUGCCGUGAGAGGAAAGGAGCCGAAAGAUGAAGUGCAGAUAUACACGUGGAAGGAUGCCACACUCCGAGAGCUCACUGAUCUUGUGAAAGAGGUUGCUCUUGCAGCAAGAAAAAGAAAUGCAAGGCUUUCUUUUGCUUUCGUGUACCCUGAUAAGCAUGGUCGUUUCGUUGUCAAAGAGGUGGGUUCAACCUUCUCUUAUGGCCAUGGAAGGGGAGAUGAUGCUAAAACUCUUGCAGAGCUAGGAUUCCAGAUAGGGGAUUACUUGAGUGUUGCAAUCUAUUGAGUGACACUGCUUCACGAAAUAGUGUGUUUCUCCCUGCCUACCAUGCUGAAUCCAGCUUUCCUGUGGCGGUACCCAGCUUUCCUGUGGUGGUGAAUAUCUCUGUAGUACUAGAGACGUGAUACCAGAACUGUUUGUUAUGGUAGUAACCUUGGAAUUCACUCAGUAUUUCGAGUGUGUUGAACACUUAAAACGUUUGAUGUGAUUGCGUGUUAUAUACCUGUUCGUGGUUUCCUUGGAACUGUGAGAUCUGAACAUCACGCGUUUUCCAUUGAUUCUCUGCGCCGAGUAGGAUUAAAUGUGUUCUGUGCUAAAUAACUGGGUGAAGGAACAUAAUGUUCUUAUGAUCAUCUCCUACUUCUCA